AUGAGCUCCAUGGCGACAGAAAUUGUUGCUUUUCUCCUGAAUAUCUCAGGGUGGAUCCUGGUGUCAUCCACACUUCCUACCGACUAUUGGAAGGUCUCCUCAGUGGACGGGACAGUUAUCACUACGGCGACCUUCUGGUCCAACCUGUGGAAAACAUGCGUGACCGAUUCCACUGGCGUGUCCAACUGCAAGGACUUUCCCUCAAUGCUUGCUUUGGAUGCGUACAUCCAAGUAUGUCGGGGCCUGAUGAUUGCAGCUGUGUGUCUGGGUUUCUUCAGUGCCAUACUUGCGCUUCUUGGAAUGAAGUGCACAAAAGUUGGAGGCUCAGAGACCACCAAAGCUCGCUUGGCAGUAUUUGCAGGAUUUCAUUACAUCGUCAGCGGCUUGUGCUGCAUGACUGCCUGCUCCUUAUAUGCUCACAGGAUCACUACGGACUUCUUUGACCCGCUCUUCGUUGCUCAAAAAGUCCAUCACUCUUCAAGGGGCGCUGCCGUGUUCACGCACACUCAUGGAGAGCGUAGCAAAGCCAACAACAGCCUCCAAAGAGAGCUUCUGGAGCCAUCGAGGAAGUUCGGAAGAAACGCUUAUGUGUGA